AACUGUGAUCUUUCGGCACAUUAUGAAUGCUUUUUUCAGGAGAACAAAUUCAAGGAAGCAGCUGCUUUCUACGAACCGAUUGUGAAGAAAAAUUUUGAUAAUGUACGAUUCGAUUUGAUCAACCCUCUGGAUUUAAAAUUAAUUGAAUUUGAGGCUGAAGAAUUGAUGAAAAAAGUGGAAAAUGAAGAGGAUACACAAUACAAUGAAUCUGAAAAGAAGAAAACUUUUCAUCUUUGUAUCAUAAAUCUUGUCAUUGGAACGUUGUAUUGCUCGAAAGGUAAUUAUGAAUUUGGUAUAUCACGAGUGAUCAAAGCAAUGGAACCGUACGAUAAGAAAUUGGGUACAGAUACGUGGUAUUACUGUAAGAGGUGUAUUAUAUCAACUAUAGAGAAUAUUGCAAAGUAUAUAAUCAGCAUUCGUGACUCGGUCAUCAGUGAAUGCUUACAGUUUUUAGAGCAGUGUGAAAUUUAUGGUAAGAAUAUACCAACAAUUGUGGAUGGACCGUUAAUGGAAUCAGAACUGGAGAGUGCCAAGAAUACGGUAACAUAUGAAGCGAGGUUGUUAAGAGCGAUCUUGGUUGAAGUUAUGUAUUAUUGA